AUGACUGAAAUUAUUAAUACCCUCGCCUAAGAUCUUCUUAAAAUCAAUCAGCGUACAUAACUUUAAGCAGAAGUAUUUAUAUUUAACUAUUAGAUAGCUUAUUUAUGAGAAUCUUAAACUUCAUCUUCAACCAUUAUUCCUCAAAUUGUAACUAUAGAGUAGGUCUGAAUAUAUCUUAGUAAUUAUUUUGUAUAAUCCAUUCAGCUUUGCUAACGUCUCCAUUUACUUGAAUUACAUCCCUUUCAAGUGAUAUCUGAAACUAUAAAUGAUAACAUUUAUUUAUUUCUAGAAGGUAAGUUGGUUCUUGAUUCCUCUGAACAAGAUGACCUUGAUGCUUUUGAAUCAAAUGUUCAAUAUAUCAAAAAAAAUAAACUCUUGUUUCAAAGACAAUUAAAUUAUGGAUAUAUAGCUGAAAAACAAUACCUUUCUAAAAUUGUAAAAUGUUAUAUCCUAUUUAGUUCUCUCUAGAACACACAAAAUUACUCUAUGUAACUAAAUAAUCACAGUCUCUCUUAUUCCUCAAACAUGAAUAAUUUAUCAGAUAAAAACGCACAUUCUUUGUCAAACUAUUUGAACCUACUAAUUAAACUGAGAAAUAACAAAUAUAUUCUUUGUCUGAUUCUUUGCUUUUACAACAAUUUGAAGAAAAUGAUACAAUUAUUACUAUAUAUCAACCUACUGAAUCAUUGUUUAUUGUCUAUCAAGGCCAAGUAAAUUUAGAAACUAAGCGAAACAUUUUAUGUACAUGUUCCAUUUUCGAUUCUUUUAAUGAAGAUUUUACAAUUGCUCCUUACACUGCUAAAGUCAAGUAAUAGGCUCAUAUUUUUGAAAUCCAAAAGUCAUAGUUUAUUCAAUUACCAAUUAAAGCAUAAUCUAUAAUUGAAGAAAGAUUAAAAAUAAAAAUGAGUCUUAAAAAAUCUCUUUUAGAUCAUCAUAUCAUUGAUCUUUAAGUACCUGAAAUUAUGAAAGGUGUCAAAUAUGAUAAAUUGACUCCUAAACGUAAAAAAUAAUAAAGUUUAACGAGUAUAACAACUUAAAGAUCUAGUUUUAAAAAAUUACACACUGAAACUUUCUUGUUAAAUAAUACUAAUUUGACUUCUUAAAAUAGUAUUAUCAAAUAGGAUGCUGAUAUUUUGUUGCUACCACUCAAAUACCAUAGACACAUGACAAGUAGAAUGAAACUGAAUAAAUUUUUAAAUUGA